AUGCAAACGCCCCCGCCCUCUGGCAACAGCCCGGCCUACGGCGUCCUGCGCUGCGCGGCGGCGGGCCUGGACGGCGGGGCCGCCGGCGGGCGCGGGGCCUGGCGCGCCAGGCUCUCAGCCGCCCUGGCGGGCGCCCUGGUGCUCGCGGCCGCGGCCAGCUGGGCGCUGUGGCCCCGCCCCGCGGUCCAGCGGGAGGCCCUGCAGCGCGGGCGGGAGGGUCCCGAGGACGGCGUCGUGCAGCUCCACUCGCAGAGGGCGCUGAGACAUCCUCAGGUGUCCACAUCGCAGCUCCAGGGCGUGGGCGACCCUGUGGAGCCUCUGCAGGGCCUGGCGACCUCCGCCUGGGACCCCGCGACCUCCACGGCGGAAGGCCCACGGUCGUCCGCCGAGGGCCCGACGGCGACCUCCACGGAGGACCCGGCUGCGAUUUCCACAGAGGGACCAGCGACUUCUACCGAGGAGUUGGCGGCCUCCACCACGGAGGACCUGGCGGCUACUACGGAGGGACUGGCGACCUCCUCCGAGGACGCCGAGGUCGAGGCGGCGCUGCGAAGCCGCUCAACCGCUCCGCCCAGCUCUGCCGGCGCUGCGGCUGGUGCGCGGGCGGGCAGCGCCGGGCCGAUCUUGCCGCCUCGGGGUUUUCAGUGCGGGCCGGGCCGCAGGGGCCUCGCGGGCAUCCAGAUGCUCCACGUGCUUGAAGACACAUGGAAACUCGACCGCGCGGACAAGUCCGCCCGGGAGCAUGGCUUCCCAUCGACUGGAGCGAGAGCAUCUGGCCUGGGGUCAUCUGCAAGGACCAACCCGAUGUUGUCGAGCAUGCCGUGGACAGCGGAUGGAUUAUCGACCCAAGGGGGCACGCUCUCGGCAACGUGGGCGCCGCGCUCGCACACCUCACGCUCUGGGAGAGUAUAG